AUGCGCUGCAAGCGCAGUGAUUUUAAAAUCUAACGAAAUAUUGUGUAAUGUGAAACGUUUUACACGUACAAACAACACUCGAAUAUUUUAUACAAUUCCAUUUGACCUGAUUCGGCCAUCAUUUUUUACAAAAUGAUAGUGAACAAUGUAAUAACUAUUAUUUUUGUCGUCAUAACUGGAACAGCAUUCUUGCGAUGUGCAUUUUCAACAGGCAAAUAUCAUACAAAAUUAAAAAUAGAAGCAAUUGGAUACAAACCAAGUAAUGAUGUUCUACUACAUUCUCUUUCGGACUUCGGCGUCGUACGAAGAUCUUUGAAUCCGAUGACGUUCAGACAAUAUAGCAAUAACUAUGAGUAUCAACUAACAAGUGAUAAAAAUGUUUCAAAUGGCAAAACUAAAAAGUAUGCAAUAAUAGAGAAUUUAAAACUGUCAGUGACAUUCCGUGAUAACAUACUUUAUAUCUUCUCGUACUUGCUUUACGGCCGUGAAAACAAUUUGACGGAAGAACAAUAUACAUCCUUGGAAACGCUUUAUGAAUUCCUCAAGAAGAAAAUGGUUUAUAUGUACAAUUUAUUACCUAUUUUACUUACAUUAGACAUCGCAGAUAAAAAUCAACAGACAAGUAUCGUAUUGUCAUCGCUGAUAAAAAAUCUACCACCUUAUAUUCGAUGUACGGCUAAAUACUUAGCCACUGAGAUAGAAUGGUACAGAAUUGAUUUAAAUACUUUACUAAAACCAACAAAAUCUGAGACGUUCGAUUAUCUUACCGACAUUGAUUUAAAUACGCUCUCACCAAGUAAAAUUAGAAACGAAGAAAUGAUAGGAUACGAUGAAAAUUCAAAUAUCACCCAGAAAGCUCUUGGUCCAGUGUUUGUCAAGCUUAUUUAUAAUUUACAAAGAAGAAAGCUAUCUUUGUCGCAAGAACUAUUCGGUUUGAUACUGAUAAACUUACCAAACUUUAGCGACGAUCCCGUACUGGAAGAAAACGUCAGAUAUCUGUACGAUCUAACAAGAAAUAAUAUCAUCGAUAGUAAUGAUUGGGAUUCAAUCGGGAAAAAUCCCGUUGGCAAUGACGCUUAUACACUUGUUUUUUCUGUCUUAACCAAAAUUCUUAAUUCAAAUAUACAAAUGGUUAUAAAGGAUUCUGCGUCUUACAUAUAUCAUCACUUGAAGAUUCCAACGGUUCCAACUUAUCUUGAUUCCAACUUAAAAUAUAUGCAUCAUUUACUGGAAAAAGAUAUAGAUAUAGGAAUGCUGCUCUCUGCCGUUAUUCCUCAGGAGUUUGAUGAAGAUACUAUUCGUAUGAAAGAUCGUUUACUAACAUACUUCGUACGCAAUUAUAGAAAGGAGGAUAUGACUAAAACUCUGAAGGGAUUCAACAAAUUUGCCUACAAUAAUCCGUUAGAUCUUUUAUUGGCAUUCCUAGUAAGACUUAUAAAUCGCGUUCCAAGCUCUCCAAAUACUAAUUCAGUACAACAGCCGGCUUCAGCUUUGCUAUCAGCUGUAUUCAUGAAAAAGUAUUCUAGAAUUUUCACACCGUUUGUGUCACCCGAAAUUGAUGUAUUGAUACUUUUAGAAUCUGUGCAGGUCUCUGAUGUGGAUCAAAUACUUCAGUCAACAGUAGAUUCCAUAAAACUUGAGUUAAUUUCACAGCCAACACUAUCUGUGCUUCUGAGUACCUUAAUACCAACGGAAAAAGAGAAGUGUGAGGUACCAAAACAGUGUUUGGUGAAUACAUUCCAGCAAAUACCGAAAUUACAAAAUAAUAUAUCCUUGAAUUUGACAACAAAAAUUCAAAACGUAGCGUAUAUUCUGAAAACAAUUCCACAGCCUCAGCAAAUAAGAGAAAGUCAUGUCGCACAAUAUUCCAUAAAACCAGUAAAUGUAAAUCUCUAUCUAGAUCGGGAUCAAGACCGGGAAAAUUCAAUAGCAAUGGCAAUAAAAACAGAUAAUAUGUAUAGAAAUAAUGUGCCUUCAGGUGGCAUUAACGGAGUUUCGUAUGUAUGGAAUAUAGAUAAAUAUGUUGAUAAAACUGGUCCCGCUGGACAAAAUGAAUUGCAAGUUAAAACUGUAGAAUGGGAAACGGGAAUUCCUACAGAAAUCGAUUCUACAGAAUCAAAGAUGGUAUCGCCAACGAUAGAUCAAGUGCAUAUCACAGAGACAAAAGUCACCAAACCAAAAGUUAGUCAGCCAAAAGUCAGUCAGCCAAAAGUCACCCAAUCAAAAGUCAGUCAGCCAAAAGUCACUCAGCCAAAAGUCACUCAGCCAAAAGUCAGUCAGCCAAAAGUCACCCAGCCAAAAGUCACCCAGCCAAAAGUCACCCAGCCAAAAGUCACCCAGCCAAAAUUCAGCCAGCCAAAAUUCAGCCAGCCAAAAGUCAUCCAGCCAAAAGUCACCCAGCCAAAAUUCACCCAAACACACGUCACUGAACAUGACCAUACUCAAGAACGAUUAUCGGAUCUUAUCGAUACGAUACCAUUAACUUCGAAACCUUUAACGACAUUCAUGUCUGAUGUUCCUUCUUUGGGAACUUAUUAUCCGACGAAGAAACCGCAGAAAAAGCAGCCGCGAUACACAACAUUUACACCGAUAGAGCGUGUUGUCGACGAUAGUAAUCCCAAAGUAGAGGAAUAUAUAUAUAUUCCGUCAAAAGUAAAUUACGAUGAAAAAGAAUCACCGAGUAAAGAAAGUGAAGAUCAAACUUCUUCAUCGGAAGAAAUAAUUAAAGAAGUCACAACAAAGAAACCUACUAAAACAAAGCUAAUUCAACAUACUAAAUCACCAUUAUUAAAUAGCAUUGAAAGAAAAGUGCAUUCCGAGAACGUCGUAUCAAGUGCGAUAGUAUUACCUCCGUCUAUAGAAAUUGAUCAGCCUCUUAAAGUACAUCUAUUUGAUAAUAACGUCCCAGUUGUAACGACGAGUGAUGAUUAUAAUACAACGAAACCUGAAGUCGUUUUACCAGAUAUCAAGGAACUUCUAAAAUCGCCGGAUAUAGAUAAACUCAUGCAAAAUAGCGAUUCACCAAUAGUAACUCAAGUGUUACAACCAUUGUCUAUUAUAUUUGGUAAAAAUUAUAUUAAGAAAAUCCUGAAAAAUAUGGAUAUGAAACAUUAUCCCACAAAUAUUGCAUUAUUGUCAGCAAUACUUAAAGAAGCCCUAACUUAUCCGGAAGUAACACAGAAUUCGCAAUUGACGAACGUAAUUAAUCAAUAUAUUGUCACUAUAGAAUAUGUGAGUCCAACGACAUUAUUACCCGUCGUAGUUUCGUCAAAGAAGUUGGUAUCAGAUGUUAUAUAUUCUACGUUUAAUCCGAAUGACUUAACCCAAGGUAAAAUUAGCGAAAAUCUCCCUGAUGAAUCAUUACCCGACAGUAUCACUGUACCUCUCAUCAAUCCUAAGAUAUUGUUAGAAUCUGUAAAUCCAUCUAAUCCUUACGUUGAUCUGCUGCCUACUUUGGAAAAAGGAAAUAUAUUUGCGAAAACAAUACAGCCUAUCAAAAUGAUUUUCACAAUUGAAAAAAUUAAGGAAAUACUUGGACCAGAUUUUCAACCAUUGGUGUAUCCAAAUAAAAUUACACUUCUGAUAACGCUCUUGCGCAAGCUACAGAAAAGUAAAAUAAUUCAAGCAAAUGCAAAACUGAAAUCCGCAAUUGAUUCUUAUUUACAAGCUUUCGAACAACCGUCGAUAAGCAUGCAAGUAUCUGAAGAUAGUUUCGUGUACAUGAAGUCUGACACUACAGGUCAGUGGUUACCUGAACUGACGAGUUUGAUUUCUGCUCUUCCAACACCUGAGACCGAAAUUGAAACGACGAUGAUAGAGGAGAUAGAGCAAUAUCUCGACGAUCCAACUCUUUGGGAAAAAUUAAAAAUAGCUAAACCACCAGUAACCAUGUCUCGCGGAGAACUAUUGCAUGAAAUUAUUCGUAUUUUAUUGUCCGGUACAAUAAGUAUCGACAAUAGUAUUCUGAAGGCAUUUAGAUAUUACAAGGACAAAGUAGAAUUCAUCGAUAUGGGUGCUCUGCCCAUCGUGUGGAUGUGGGUCGAAAUGUACGUAUUUAAGGCUGAAGUACAACUAGGAGACAUGAUUCAGGAGACGGUGAAUUUCGAUCAAUUGUCGUAUAAAGAAAAAUUAGCGUAUAAUGAUAUAAUAACAUACCUAGCUCAAAAUUCUAAUCUUCUUCAAAACAACGAGGACUUCGAUUUUGAAAAGUAUAAAACACAAGGGCAGUUUGUUAAGGGUUUAUUCACAUAUUUGCUGAAGAAACUAGAAGUCAAUAAAAAGAUUAAAAAGGACAUUAAAAUGAUACUUCCACACGUGACGGAGACUGGAGCAGGCGCAAUCGCGAUGCCAAAUUUAUCUGGAUUUUAAAAAAUAUCGGAUAUGUAUUAAUUAAAAUCUAAUUCACUAAUUGAAGGGCUCUAAUUAAAGCAAUUUGAUCUGAGUUUAAUAGAAACAGAAAAUAAGUACAGAUAUGUCUCACAAAACAAGUGUGUGUUUUAUAAUAAAGAACUCGAAGUAUUCUUUAUAAUAAACAAUUUACUACAUUAAAU